AUGCUGCAGACCAGUCCCUACAGCUGCCUGGGCUACACGCUGCUGGUACUCUGCAGCCUGAAGGCUACUACCCUCGCCUUUCCCAACUCCUCUCCACUGCUGAAUCCCAGCUGGGGGAAUGGAGACCACUUGAUGCACCUCUACACAGACACAGAGAGGAACAGCUUCCAUCUCCAAAUCAACGCUGACGGCUACGUUGAUGGGGUCCCUCACCAAACCAUUUACAGUGCCCUAAUGAUCAAGUCCGAGGGUGCUGGCUCAGUGAUAAUCACAGGUGUGAAGAGCGGACGCUACCUCUGUAUGGACACGAAAGGAAACAUUUUUGGCUCGCAUUACUUCAGUCAAGAGGACUGCGUGUUCAACCACAGGACACUGGAAAAUGGAUAUGAUGUGUACCAGUCUCCCAAACACAACUUCUUGGUUAGCUUAGGCAGAGUCAAACAAGCUUUCAUGCCUGGUAUGAAUCCACCACCAUACUCCCAGUUUUUGUCCAGGAGAAACGAAAUCCCCUUGUUUCGAUUCAACACACCUGAGCCCCACAGAAAUACCAGAAGUGCAGAUGUUGAUCCAAUGGAUCCUCACCAGAUCCUGGUCCCCCAGAGGAAGAUCUCCGCGUUCGGAUCUCAGUUGCAGCAGCAAGCUGACUUUCCCCACAUGCCCAGAGAACCCAUGAGAAUCAACCAGAAUGACGUGGUCAACCCAGAUGACCCACACGCUAUGAUGGAUGCCAGGAGGUACGCAAGCCCUCGCUUUUAUAUUACACGGUAA